AUGCGGACGCAAAUUCUUCUGAUGUUCCUGAUAGCGGCGACUGGCAAAGCCCUAGAUAGCGCUGACAACAAGUUCAUGAAAGAUUAUGCUAUGUUAAAGAUCUACGAAAGUUGCUUCGGCACGGCACUUUUAAAGCAAAUCACCAAAGAAUUGAAAGACGCUUACACUAAAUGUUCUAUAGCGCCACCUAUGAAAGAACCGAUGAACUCACACGUAUCGCCAUUAUUCUUGGGCAAAUUGCCACCCGGUUUCUCCAUGGACCCGAACACGCAAAGCAUCAUAAAACCCCUAGAUGGCGCUAUUCACAAUAAAGAUGAAGACAAUCCAGUUCAAGAUCAAGGACAGACCCCACAAAAACAAACGCUCGGAGGUGUUCUAUCUUUCAGGCCACAUGCGGCACCAUUCCAGCAGCAGGCUGCGAUUCCUCCAUACGUGAUACCCGCACAGUUCCGUCCGUAUAACGCGAACCCCUUCUAUCCCAAUCCUUACGCCGCACCUUCUUUCUACCAACCAAAUGUCCCUUACAACCCCUACAUGAUGCCUCAGCAAUACCAGCAGGGAUAUUACCAGCAACCAUUCUUUGCAGCCAGUAAUAGGAUGUCGAGACACAUGGGCCUUCGUGCCCGUCUAGGUCUGAACACACCGCGAGCUCAAUCGAACCACAACGUAACGUGCGUGAUGCAGGAGCUUGGCUACAUCGACAACAAUAUGGAGCCCAACUACGAGCAGAUCACCCAGAGGAUCAGCAACCUUCCUGUUUCCAACGAACUGAAGUCUGACAUACAGGAGGGACUGCAGUUCUGUCACAAGUUCUCGCAAUGUGUUCCAGAAGAUAAGCGCGAUAUUGUACCGCGUCCUCAAGAACAGAUUAGAGCUAUAUUCUUCUUCAGAUGUUACAAGCACAAGAAACUGGAGGCGUGCAUCAUGAAAGACAUCAAUGAACAUUUCAACAAGGAGUACAUGUUCGAUUCUGAUAACGAUUUUGUUCUUUCCCGCCAAGCCCGCUCAGUACGCGACGUGCCUCUUCGAGACCCCAGCAUUGAAGCCCUGGAAGAAAUGGAGGUGUACUUGUAUGACUACCUUAGCGGAGGAGGUGGUUUUGACUUCGAUUUAUAUAUCUAA